GGGGAGAGAGAGAGAGAGAGAGAGAGAGAGAGAGAGAGAGAGAGAGAGAGAGAGCUGGAGGCUGCAAUCCGAGCGUGCACUGAAUGUCUGCUUCUUGCCGCUGCCGAUGAAUGAUCCUCGCAUGCCUAUGUGUGCGUCUGCCAGUUGACAUCCUGAACGCGAGGGACACGCUUCCACCUCUACCAAGAAUCAGGAGUCCUCCACAGCUUCGCGGCUUUUUUUUUUUGUUUGUUUUCCUUUUCCCUUCUUCAGGAGCAUCUUGCACUUCCUGUGGCAGAUUUACUUGCCGGAUGAUGGCGCAGACCAACAGUGGUGGGCAGGGAACCAAUGGGGUAGCGGAUGAGUCCCCAAACAUGAUCGUGUACAGAAAGAUGGAGGAAGUAAUAGCACGCAUGCAGGACGAGAAAAAUGGCAUCCCCAUCCGAACAGUUAAAAGUUUUCUAACCAAGAUCCCCAGUGUUUUUUCAGGUUCUGAUAUUGUUCAGUGGAUGAUCAAGAAUCUGGACAUUGAAGAUCAAGUGGAGGCACUCCACCUCGGAACUCUAAUGGCUGCACAUGGUUACUUCUUUCCAAUCUCAGACCACGUUCUCACCCUUAAAGAUGAUGGCACUUUCUAUAGGUUUCAGACCCCAUACUUUUGGCCAUCAAAUUGUUGGGAACCAGAAAACACAGACUAUGCUGUUUAUCUCUGCAAAAGAACAAUGCAAAAUAAAGCACGUCUGGAGCUUGCGGACUACGAAGCGGAGAGCUUAGCAAGGCUACAGAGAGCGUUUGCCAGGAAAUGGGAGUUCAUUUUUAUGCAAGCAGAAGCACAAGCAAAAGUGGACAAGAAAAGAGACAAAAUCGAGAGGAAAAUUCUCGACAGCCAGGAAAGAGCAUUCUGGGACGUUCACAGACCAGUGCCUGGAUGUGUGAAUACAACAGAAGUCGACAUAAAGAAAUCCUCCAGAAUGAAAAACCCACACAAAACCAGAAAGUCUGUGUACGGGCUCCAGAAUGAUAUCCGCACCCACAGCCCAACACACACUCCCGCUCCAGAGACCAAGCAGCCUACAGAAGAAGAACUGCAGGAACAGAUCACCUUUUGGCAGUUGCAAUUAGACAGACAUCGACUAAAAAUGUCCAAAGUGGCAGAGAGCUUACUGGGCUAUACAGAGCAGUACGUUGAAUACGACCCCUUCCUCACACCACCAGAUCCAUCCAAUCCCUGGAUCUCAGAUGACACCAUGCUCUGGGAGCUGGAAAUCAGUAAGGAGCCGGGCCAGCAGAGGGUAAAGCGGUGGGCUUUUGGCAUCGACGAGGUUCUCAAAGAUCCCGUGGGCAGAGAGCAGUUCCUCAAAUUUCUGGAAUCUGAGUUCAGCUCAGAGAAUCUCAGGUUCUGGCUAGCAGUACAAGAACUGAAGAAGCGUCCCAUCAGAGAAGUUCCAACUCGAGUCCAGGAGAUCUGGCAGGAGUUUCUGGCCCCUGGAGCACCCAGUGCCAUUAACGUGGACUCAAAGAGCUAUGACAAAACCACCCAGAAUGUCAAAGACCCUGGACGCUAUGCCUUUGAGGAUGCACAGGAACACAUCUACAAGUUGAUGAAAAGUGAUUCUUACAGCCGUUUCAUCCGUUCCAGUGCCUAUCAGGAGCUAUUACAGGCAAAAAAGAAGAAAAGUAAGAACUUGUUCUGAAGACUGUUCUUCUUCCCAGCGCAGGGGAAAUCAUUAGCAUCCAAGAGGCUGACUAGUCGUGUGACAUCAUGCUAAAAAUCAUGCUAAAAAUCAAUGCCGCCUCUCUCUGGGAUCCG